AUGGUCCCGGAUGUAGAAUCGGAGGAGAAGAUUGUGUACACAUAUGACAUCGACAUGGCCCCACAAGAAACUCAAUCAUCCGGUUCCAGUCAAUACAUGAGGAACAUGGAUGAUUCUAUUGCAGCUGUUGAAUCCAUAUUGAAGUACACCUUCAAGAACAAAAAACUGUUAGAAGAAGCCUUAACGCAUUCUUCCUACACUGAGUCUCAAUCCUACCAACGUUUGGAAAUCCUGGGGGAUUCUGUUCUUGGAGUCCUCAUCACUAAAUUUGUCUACUUGGCUUACCCUGAACUUGACCCUGGUCAAAUCUCUCUCCUCCGAGCCGCCAAUAUCAGUACCGAAAAACUCGCACGCGUGGCGGUCCGCAACGGCCUUUACAAAUAUGUCCGCCACAAAACCAGCGUUCUUAAUGACAAGGUGAGGGAAUUUGUGAUAGCGGUUGAAGAAGAAGAAGAUGAGAUGGUGGUGCAUGGUGGACAGAUGAAAGCUCCAAAGGUGCUUGCGGAUAUUGUUGAAUCGAUUACUGGAGCUGUAUUUCAAGAUUGUGAUUUCAAUUUUCAAAUCCUAUGGGAGGUAAUUAGAGAGCUACUAGAACCGAUGGUUAUGCUAACUGUUCUUGAGAAACGGCCACAGCCUAUUACCAAGCUAUACGAGGCAUGCCAAAAAGAAGGGAAAGGUGUUGAGAUAAAGAACUGGAGGCAAGGUGAAAGAAACAUUGCAAGUGUUUAUAUAGAUGGAAAGUUUAUUGCCUCUGGCUCUUCAGAGAAUAAAGAGAAUGCUAAGCUUCAUGCAGCUGAGGUUGCUCUAUCUAAGUUAACAAGGCUGAAAAGAACUACUGAUGCAAUAAGUCUGCAAAUGAAUGGUAAUUCUGGUGAAGUCACUGAGAUUAAAGGUGCCAAACGAAAAAUACAUGAACUUUGUAUCAGGAGAAGGUGGCCAAAAGCGACUUACAGAAUUGAGCAAGAAUCGGGUCCUGCACACGAUAGAAGAUAUAUAGCAUCCGUGCAAAUUGAACUUCCUGAUAAGGUAUUUUUCAUGAAGGGAGAAGAGAGGUCAAAAGUCAAGAAGGCCGAAAAUUCUGCAGCCUCAAUUAUGUUUUUUUCUUUGCUAGAAUUGGGAUAUUAA